CCGCGCCACGCCCACCCGAGGCCCCGCCCCGGCCGGGAGGGGGGGCGGUUUCCAUGGUGACCGCAAACCAGGCCCCCAUCGCCGCCAUGAUCCCCCCGGCCGACUCUCUGCUCAAGUACGACACCCCGGUGUUGGUGAGCCGGAACACGGAGAAACGGAGCCCCAAAGCUCGGCCACUGAAAGCCAGCCCCCAGCAGCCGGGACCCUCCAGUCCAAUCCCACAGAUAACCAAGACCAAGCUCCCCUCAACUUCCUGUGUCCCAGAUCCUACAAAGCAGGCAGAAGAAAUUUUGAAUGCCAUUCUGCCCCCAAGGGAGUGGGUAGAAGACACGCAGCUAUGGAUCCAGCAGGUGUCCAGCACCCCCAGCACCAGGAUGGACGUGGUGCACCUGCAGGAGCAGCUGGACCUGAAGCUGCAGCAGCGGCAGGCCAGGGAGACCGGCAUCUGCCCGGUCCGCAGGGAGCUCUACUCGCAGUGUUUUGACGAGCUGAUCCGGGAGGUCACGAUCAACUGCGCCGAGCGGGGGCUGCUGCUGCUGCGCGUCCGGGACGAGAUCCGCAUGACCAUCGCCGCCUACCAGACCCUAUACGAGAGCAGCGUGGCCUUCGGCAUGCGGAAGGCGCUGCAGGCCGAGCAGGGGAAGUCGGACAUGGAGAGGAAAAUUGCAGAACUGGAGACGGAAAAGAGAGACCUGGAGAGGCAAGUAAACGAGCAGAAGGCAAAAUGUGAGGCCACGGAGAAGCGGGAGAGCGAGAAGCGCCAGGUGGAGGAGAAGCGGCACAACGAGGAGAUUCAGUUCCUGAAGCGGACCAACCAGCAGCUGAAGGCCCAACUGGAAGGCAUUAUUGCACCGAAGAAGUGAUAAUUUCCAUAUGGGCCUUAGCAAGCGUGACCACCCCAUCAAAAGCCCUUGGUAAUAAAAAGCUAGUUUCCUGA